AUGUCGCUUAUCGUCCACGAUACGUUAUCAUUGACAACAGAAACUGGAGUCAGUAAGAUUCAGUUGUGCAUCGGCGACAUCACUAAGCUUCCCAGAGAAGAAAAAGUCGAUGUUUUGGUUGUUUCCGCGUUUCCCGGUAAGCUCGUCACAAACACUGAUAAACAUGCACAACUCGAAUUAACAGUUUACUAAACGGUUGACAUGUGAAAUAAUCAAUAAUAAUUCUUGAACUCUUGAACUUAAAUCAUCCAGUUUAGAAUUAAACCCUUGAGAUUUCUAGGAUUACGCUUUGUUUAAGAUAUCAUAUGUAAUUUGAUUUAAUGCUUGAUUUUCCGUAUAUAAUAUUGGACCAUGUGCAUGCCGCUCUUUUGAUGAGAAACUAUUUGACAAAACUCUCAACUAUUGAUUGAGCUUAAUUUUAAAAUUACGAUCUAGAUUUGCUGUCACAUGGAAAAUGGAUAUCUCCCUGAUCACUGAGGCUUCCUAUUUUCCCCUUAAGUAAUCCAACAAACUGCUUUCAUAAAGAUAAAUUUGAAAGGAAAUCAGGGCCGGCCGGGGCUUAGUUAUUACUGUUGGUUUGAAAACUGUAUUUAUUUAUUCACGUCAGUUAGUAAGUUGGUUAUUUAUUUAUUUUCCUCUGUAAGAACUGCAGGUUUUUACAAGAAAAGAACUAUAAGAAUGUUUCUGUACCAUAUUCAAUUUUUUCUAUUCUUUUUUGCAAUGUAAUUCAGAUUAUUCCUGAGUCCCGUGAAAUUUUUGCUUGUUGCUUGUGAAAUUUGGACUCCUGUUGGAAUCCGGACUCCUGAUAACAAUUGGGAUCUGGAAUCUACUCCCUGGAAUCCAGAAUCUACAGUGUCCAAGACUGUCUUAGGGUGCUCUCCAUUUGUCAGAACUCAGGCCAGCCAGACCAUUGCCGGGCUAGUCAGUUACCAAAUGAAAUCGAAUUUUUCCAAAAGGUUUUUGCUGAAAAACCAUCUCCUUUGUGUAUACUAUUUAGGAUUUGACUGAUCUGGCUGGUCAGUUUUGAUUGAAAGUGAAAUCUUCAUUACGACAGGAAUGGUUUGGCCGGUCUGUUCUAACAAAUGGAAAGCGUGCCCUUACCUUUACCUUACAUGGGGCCAUGCAAUGGUGACAGGUCCUGACAAGUGUAAGUGUAAAGGAGUGGUUUAAGGGGGAGGGGCAAUGCUUUUGUUUGAGUAUUUCAUACUAAUGGCAAGUUAAUCAUGUGAACUAUAUUUCCAUGAUUUUUUAAGGUGAUUAUUCACCAACUCCGUCUUCACUGAUUGGAGCACUGGCUAUCAACCUUGGUAUCAGUGUCCGAAAUCUUUCUCAAGACAAAGAGGAAGACUUACGCAGACAGUACUUCUGUUGGUGGUCCAAGCCACUUCCUGAACAGUAUAGCUUUAAAAGAAUUCUGUGUUUUGAGGGAGGAUUUGGUAGUCGAGGAAGCCAGCCACCCAAAGUUGUUGGAGCUGUGUUUCGAUGUCUUGUACCGAUUCUUAGUGGCAAAGAUACCACAGAUGGAUCAGUUAUUAUGCCUCUUCUAGCUUCAGGAGAUCAGGUACAGUAAAACCCCGCUUUACAGACACCUGCUUUAAUAAUACAGACAGCUGUCUUUUUCCCUUUAGAAAGAAAGCUCAUAUGUUUUCUCUUACCUGAUUAUAGGAAAUUAACGAUGCACUUCGUUAACACGAUUUUAAAAAAAUCGCGUGAAUUUAACGCAUCUUAAUUUUUGUCAAGGAUGUUAAUUUGAAUCACACCAUUUUACAUCAUUGUUGUUUUACAGCACCUUUAUUUCAAUAACAAAACCUCGUCUGCUCAUACAGCUGUAGUUCCUCUAUCAACGCGCCAGAGUCAUUAUCUGACAGUUCUUCUUUAAGAAUUGAGUUCAAAAUGUCUUUUGGCUGGUCUUCGUAUUGAUCCAUUUCCCUGAGGGGAUUUUCAGUCUUUCUUCUUCAUGGAAAUGCUGCUGUUUUUUCUUUUAGAUAUAUAUGUUGAGAAGCUUGUAUUGCAGCAAGUUCACGUAAAUAUAAAGUUAGGCGCACAUUGUUUUUGAAAAUUUCGCGUUAAUUUGAUGUAUGUAAACCUAACUUUUGGAAAAUUCACGUUUAUUUUGAGUGAGGUAAAUUUUCUUUGCGUUGUCAACAUGCAUUGUUAAUUUCCUAUAAUAAGGUAAUUCAACCCUCUCAACACUUUUUAUGGCCCCCUUAGUGUCUAUAUUAAUGGGGUUUGACUGUGUUGCCGAGAUGAGAUGUGAGAAGGGUUUUUGCUAUUUUUGAAGCAGAUCAAGGGUUCCCAAGUUUGAGUAGGCAAUGGAAGCUUGAAAUUAAUAAGUUGGUGUGAGAGUAAGCUUUUCCAUUUUGCUUGAAGGCGGGAACUAUUCUCAGAGUAUACUGGUGCUGGUAUUCUACAGGUCCCAUCUUCUAAUGAACUGGCAGAGGUCUCCAGGCAACAUGUUCAUUUUAAUUAGAUGAUAUCAAGUAAUGUUCAUCUAGCAUAAGCAUAGGUCACAUUUCUAGUCUAGUGUUCAGAUAAGCAAGAUAUACUGGUCACUAGAGAACAUUUCACUGCUCUAGCUCUUUCCUUCAAUCACCAUCUUGUGGUUCAACUUCUAUUUCUAUGUAAUUUUGAAAGUGGUAAUGCUGCAUUCUACUUGUAAAGCAGAAUUAGUAUUAUCUAGUUGAAAUUCCAAUUUUUAUUCAAAACUCAGGGUUACUCAAAGACUCUCAUGCUGCGACUGAUAAUGAACUCUGCAAUACACUGGAUCAAGGCUGGCCUUUCAUUGAAGACGCUCAAGAUUGUCUUGUUUUCUCGCAAUCCUGAAAAACACAGCAAAACAAAUGAGCCACUAUUUGAUUGUUUUCAAAAGAUGAAGGACAAAUAUGAUGAGAAAGAUUUGGUUUAUGUGAGUUGAACUUAAUAUUUUCUUUUUUUCAUAUUAAUAGCCUAUAGGCCAUUUCCCAAGUUCCAAAAACUCUUCCUUUCAAACAAGGUUAAGUGCACCUGCAAAACCUUUCUUGCGAAAAAGGGUUUUAUUUGCAUGAGAAUAAAAACAUUCUUAUUAUUAUAGCUUUGCACUUAGCCCUGAUUUGAAACAGAAGUUUAGGGCAUCUCGGAAAUGGUCUGUUUUAUUGUUGUAGUUGUUGUUUUUGUUGCUAAAGGUUUUAUUUGCAUGAGAAUAAAAACAUUCUUAUUAUUAUAGCUUUGCACUUAGCCCUGAUUUGAAACAGAAGUUUAGGGCAUCUCGGAAAUGGUCUGUUUUAUUGUUGUAGUUGUUGUUUUUGUUGCUAAUGAAAGCGAGGCAAAAAAUGUAAACAAAGUUUCACAUUUAUGCUGUGUAUUAAAAAGCUCAGCUACAAAGGUAUGACUUCCCUGAGACCUUUCCUACUCUGUGGUUACGUACUUUAGGAUGCCACACCCUCCUCUGAGGACUCUGAUGGGUUGUUUUAAUCUGUUUUGAAGCACAGGAUGCCCAAGCAUACUAGUGAGGGAAUGGAAGUUGUAAAAUUUAACGUUCUAUUAGUGGCAAAAAUAUCCAGCAUAUAUCUCGAAAUAAACCAAUUGAAAAAUACAUUCCAUUUGUAGAUACUUUUAUUCUCAGUCAUCUAUCAGCUGUUUUAAACUAACAAAGGCAAGGAGGCUUUACAUGCAAAAUUUUUUUUCUCAUUAAAUUGACGACUGUGAGAGCUGGUGUCAAUUCCCUGUUGUGCCCUGUUACUAAAAAAAGACUAUAAUUAUAAUACUUUCCACAGGAAACAGAAGUCUUAUAUGAUGUUUACAUGUCACACAGCCCCAAAGACCAUGACUCAGCCUUGAAAAUUGUAAAGUUCUUGCAGACUGAGAGUAACCUCAACGUGUUCUACGACAUUCAGGAGCUUAAUGAUGAUGAAUCGUGGCAAGAAGAGAUAUUUAACAUCAUGGGAAAGUGUGCGCGUGUUAUCGCCUUGUUAAGUCCGGAAUAUUUAGAGAAGGAGAGCUGUAUCGAACAGUACAACAUGGCCCUUUGCAUUAACAGACGCUCAAAAGGAACAGUGCUGGCACCAUUUUACAUCACCACAAUGGAUUACAUGCCCACAUACAUGAGCCUUAUUCAGUACGAAGACUGUAGGUAUGCUUAAUUAACCCUUUAAGCCAAAAGAGUGAUCAGCAUCAAAUUUCUCCUUACAAUAUCAAUCUUUGUUAAACAGACUGGUCAUGAGAAUUACGGACAUGAUCACAUAAGAUGAAUUUGCUUGAUAUUUUUUCAACUUCUCCCCACUACUUCUGUAUGAAAUGAAUAGGGGCAACAAAUGAGAAUUCAAAUUUUGAUCUUAGGGUUUAAAGGGUUAACCCUCUUUAUUGACUCUACAGUUAAACCAGUAAUCAAAGUCCUGAAAUAACUGUAGAAAAAAAAGAAUGGGAACUUAAACCUCUAUUAGGCGGCUGCGGCCAUCUUUUGGCAUUCCCAGCAAGAGUUCUCCCUUUGCUGUCACCUCUAUUAACCCUUUAAGUCCCAGUAGUGACAAAGAUCAAUUUUCUCCUAACAAUAUCCAUACACUGCCAAGAGAUAAGUUAUGAGAAUUAAUAAAAUGAUCAUCCAAGAGAAAAUGCCUUGAUCUAUUAUCAAAUUCUCACAACUAAUUCUUUAAGGAAAUGUAUGGGGAUAAGUUUGGAGAAUUUCUAUGUGGAUACCGGGGCUUAAAGGGUUAAGCGGUCAUCAAGCGCUUGAUACACUUACUUUGGCUUUACUUCAAGAAUAUGAUCAAGGAAAAUACAGUCCGAGAUGAAAGGUGAUGACCGUUCGUGGACCGUAAUGCUGCUCCCGUCGCGUGUUCUUUUUUAUUUUUUCAAAAUAAAGUGUUGUUUCUCCUCAAGGUUAUUUUUAUUCAUGAUAAACCUCUAUUAUUGGCCACCCUUCAUUAAGCGGCCACUUGCCGGUACCGACCCCGAGGGUGGCCGCUCAAUGGAGAUAUUUGCCUCCAAAGUUAGGAUUUUUACUUAAGUAGCAACGUCGAUGCGAGAGCAGUGAACCGCUUGCGUUUUUUUUAGUCUUCGUUGCGAGUAUCCCACCAAAUGUAGAGUUACCAAAAAUUUAGGUAAAUCUUUCUGAAGUUGAAUUUUUGAAGACCACACCUUCGUUAAGAAAGAGAAAAGUCAGUAAAGAAACCUCAAACCCGGCUAGAAAGAGGUAUUUAUUAGGCUUACUUAUCCAAAUUCCCUUCCCCUUCCCUUCCGAACGCCUUGCCACGCAGGUUGGCUAACUCAUUAAACUGAUCGCCUACAGGCCAAGGGAUGAACAAAAAUUCAGAACAGCCAGUCACAAUGUUGCAGAAUCAUUGAAGACAGCGCAGAAUGCUGUUUCCCCUAGUGCGAUUACAGGAGGUCAUUCAACGUUAAGCUACGAUGUAUUCAUUUCAUACUGUCAUCAGAACAAGAAUCACGCUGAAAAGCUGUUGGCUACUCUGAGUUCUAUUGAUCCAGAUCUGAAGAUCUUCAUUGACACAUCUGGUCUGAACACAGGAACGUCUUGGCAGCAGAUGCUAUACAAUGCAUUAGGUUAGCAAUCUUUGCUUGCGGCAGAGAAACACUAUUCCGUUAAAACUUUUGUGUUUGAAACUGUACUUUGCAGUGGCUCGGGGUAUUACAGGGUUCGUGCGAGUUAUGGGAAACCUGGAAAGUCAUGAAAUUUAAGAAUUUUUUUUCCAGGUCUGGAAAGUCAAGGAAUUCAAUUGUUGGUCCUUGGCUGGAAAGUCAAGGAAAAUUAAAGUUUAGAUUAGUUACUGCAGAUGUCAAGUAAAGGACAGGGUAAGAUAGAGAAGAGGAAUUAAACAGCGCGAACGGCACGCAUUUUGGUGAACACCAGGUUUUGUGUCUGUUGAACUGAGUUAGGUCAAAAGUACCCUAAAACAAGGAAAGUUUUGAGUUGGAGUUAGCAAAAAUUGUGGAGGAAAUAGGUUAUUUUGGGAAGCUCUGUGAGAAGGAUGGUCAUUUUUUUGUAGCCCUGUAGGGUUUAAUGAAGUCUUAGACUGUUCACACUCCCCUAUUUUUUCGUGAGAUCGUUCUUACCGUCACGGCUAUCUUGAUUUUCAAAUGUACCGAGGGUGCGGGCGUCGGGGAUUAUAACCGCCCCCGCCCCCUAAGUAGUUUUGACACUCAUACAAGAUGGCAGCCCGUAACGCAAAGCGCUCGAUCUCGAUGAUCUUACGGAAAAAUAGAGGACUGUGAACAGUCUAAUGAAUUAUGGGUGAAGGGAAUUUUUUUGCGGAUGGGGGUGGGGAUGGGCGAAAGGAGGUGGAAAUAUUUUGCAGACAUAUUACGUGAUUUUGCCCACCGCUACCCGUCUCCCACCCCACUGCCAGGGUCGUAAUGAAUAAAAGCCUCCUUACAUGCAGUAUAUAAUCGAAUAAGCUGAUAAAGAUCAAAGGUCGACAAAAAUGCAUAGCCGUGAAGGGUUUUUGAGCUGUUAAGGAGUGUAAAUUAUUAUUUUAUUUUAGUACAGUGGGCUGCAUUUUCCCGUCGGACUCAUUGGUUUAAUUUCUACUAAAUGUCUUUUCAAACUUUUAGAUGGAUCUAAAAGCACAAUCGCUCUUUUGUCGCCGGACUACAUCAAAUCCAAAGUAUGUUAUGAAGAAUUCAGCCUGUCACAUGCCUUGUUUGUGGAUAAAGACAGAACCAUGGAUCUUGUGAGUGUAUUGGUGGAGCCUAUAGAUGAACUCCCACUCUGGUGUGCGGAGCCUCUUCCUGUUGACUGCGCUUCGUCGCAAGUGGACAUGGAUCAGGUGUUAGCCACAGUCUGUACUGAUUUGGUUAAGAGACUGAAGGGUAAGAUGCCAACUCCAAGUGUAAGCCCCCUUCGAAUUAGCGCCCCUUCCCCCUUAGGCUAAAAAUAUUAAAUAGGUGCCUCUGACCCCACCCCUCCUUUCUGAAGAAAUGGUUUACAUAUAUUCUCAGAGAAUCUACAACAGUAUGUCAUUUAAUCACAAGGGAGUGACCUUGCUUAGUCACUGUACCGCGUCUUCCCAGGGCUUCGCGGUCAACGCAUUUCGGUGACGUAACCGAGACGCCGGGCGCAAUAAUGAGCAACCUCGUCCCUAACCCUCCCAUUUUUUGUAGGGAAAAGCCCUGGGGACUAGGUAAGGAAUGACCCAUUUGUUGAAAAUGCGGCUCCUUGGAGAUUAGCUUUGGAAGUUAAGUAGAAGGUCGCGCGAAAACGUAAAAGUCGUACGUAAAAUUUGCGUUCACACGCACGUAAAAAAUUAGGCUUAACGGCAAAUCCACCCCACGGAAAGCCAAUAUUUUUCCCAUAAAGUUAUCAAGAGGGAGUUGUUCGUUAAGAAAUACCUAUACAAAUGCAGUCAUAUAGUCUCGUUUAGGGGUCAAAUGAAACCUGCGUUACGUCCAGAUUGGUCUCCUUUGGGUUUAGAUUCUAAUUUUCCGACAAACAAAAAGUUCCCCCGUUCCGCAUGGACACUUAUUGCCGGUCUCAGGGGUAUCCGUCUUAAAUAAAAUAAGAGUGGGGGAAUAACUACAGUCUUGUCUUCUUUCUAUUUAGGCACCAGUAGUCACUCAGCAGAUGACAUCCUCGCCCAGCGUUUAAAUCACCUUAAGAAGAGCAACGUUACGAUUGAAGCAGUCAUGGAUGACUACAGAAAAGCCAACUUUUUGUUCCGCUCAGGUGUUCUGAAAACUCCCAUAGAUUUAAGCAGCGAAAGCAGCAAGGAACCCCUUAGAAUGAGCCAUGCUGCUAGUGAUGUGAUGUCCGUUGAUGCCCAUCAGACUGUCGCAUCCCCUGAGUCAACAGAGGUGACGUCAUCAGAUUCCACACCAUCACAAGUGACGCCACAGGGCAAUACCGCUUGUGAUAUUGCCCUGAGUUUUGCCGACUCAGAUAAGAAGUGUGCAGUUGUUUUAAAGCAGUUGCUGCUUGAAACCAUACCCUCCUUGAAGAUAAAUGAACCGGUUGCAGGGGAUUUCUCAAGAGUACAGUCGUUAGAUGUGGCGCGUGUUAUUGUCCCCCUGCUUUCACCGGCGUUUUUGGUAUCAAAUGAACUGGUGGAAGAAUUAAACAUUGCGAUUUUCAGGAAUCGAAGCUCGUCUCGAAGAAUACUCUAUCCCAUUCAGGUUUCAGCUAUACCUCCCAAGCCAGCUUAUGUGCACUUGAUUCCGUGCGAGUUCUCAAGUUCUGAUUUCAAAUGGGCGAGCAAGGUCAUCGGCGAAAAUCCUAGCAAUGAGGUUUCAAAAAUUGGAGAAAUGACGGGAGUCGAUGUUGAUGAAGUGUUUUGCCUCAAGGCUGCAGCCGAUGUGAUUGCAGAGCGACUUUCAGAAGAAAAUAAACAGGAUUUGAAGUCUUUCAAUCGAGUUUUGCUGAACGUUCACGAAACAGAGCAAGACUGGAAAAAGGUCCAGCAGGCGCUUUAUGAGGAAGAUGGACUCGAAACGUUCAAAAGAACUUUUAGAGUUGAAAUAAAACGAGGGCAGGAUGAGUUGAAGCCGGCCAAAAAAGCUGAGGAGAAGACGGAUGAUGACCAUGCCAAAAGAACUUUUGGGACUGAAAUAAAGAGCGGGCAAGACGAAUUGAAGCCGGCGAAAAUAGCUGAAGAGAAGACGGACGAUGACCGUGCCAAAGUUAAUUCUGCAGACGCUCACGGAAGUCAGGAACCGAAUAAAGUGGAAAAGAAUGUUCACUUUGAAGAUGAGAAUGAAGCUCUAAAAAGCGAAAGCAAUAUUCCUGAUGAUGACGCUUCAAACGUUACAAGCCGAAAACAAGAUUCUAAAGCUUGUUCUGUCGUUUAA